UCCGCUGCCCGCUGCCUUCUUUCGGCGCCGCCCGAAGCCCAGGCCCGAUGCUCCCGAGACGGCGGCAGGCGCGGGUCGGGACCCCCUGCGCCGUCUCCUCCGCCGUGCGCUUCCCCGGCGUCGCCAUCUACUUGGCGGAACCGCGCAUGGGCCGCAGCCGCCGGGCCUUCCUCACGCGCCUGGCGCUGUCCAAGGGCUUCCGCGUGCUGGACGCCUACAGCUCCGAGGUGACACACGUGGUGAUGGAGCAGACCUCAGCCGCGGAGGCCGUCCGCUGGCAGGACAGCAGGCCGGCCCCUCCCCCAGGUUGCACCCACCCAGCCCUGCUGGACAUCAGCUGGUUCACAGAGAGCAUGGCAGCUGGGCAGCCGGUCCCUGUGGAGGGCCGGCACUGCCUGCAGGUGGCUGUGCCGAGGGAGGUGCUGCCAAACCCAGUGUGGAUGCCACUCUAUGCCUGCCAGCGUCCCACGCCCCUCACACACCACAACACCAGCCUCUCGGAGGCGCUGGAGGUGCUGGCAGAAGCUGCGGGCUUUGAAGGCAGCGAGGGCCGCCUCCUUUCCUUCUGCAGAGCAGCCUCCAUGCUCAAGGCGCUGCCCUGCCCCGUCACAGCCCUGAGCCAGCUGCAGGGCCUGCCCCAUUUCGGAGAGCAUUCCUGCAGGGUCAUCCAGGAGCUGCUGGAACACGGAGUGUGUGAGGAGGUGGAGCGAGUCCAGCGCUCAGAGCGGUACCAGAGCAUGAAGCUCUUCACCCGGAUCUUCGGGGUUGGAGUGAGGACUGCUGACCAGUGGUACCGGGAAGGCCUGCGGACGCUGGACGACGUCUGGAAGCAGGUGCAGAGGCUGACCCGGCAGCAGAAAGCAGGCCUCCAGCACUACCAGGACCUGAGCACCCCCGUCCAGCGGCCGGACGCCGAGGCCCUGCGGCAGGUGGUGGCGGAGGCUGUGGGAUGGGCCCUUCCUCGGGCCACCGUCACGCUGGCUGGUGGCUUCCGGAGGGGGAAGUUGCAGGGCCACGACGUGGACUUCCUCAUCACCCACCCCGAGGAGGGCCAGGAGGUGGGGCUGCUGCCCAGGGUGAUGCGCUACUUGGAGCAGCAGGGCCUUGUCCUGUAUCAGCAGCAUCAGCGCCGCCCCAGUGGAGAGCCUGCUCGCCUGGCCCCGAAGGGCCGCUCCAUGGACACCUUUGAGCGGAGCUUCUGCAUCUUCCGUCUGCCGAGGCCCCCAGGGUCUGCCGAGGCGGGGACUCGGAGCCCCCACCCCUCCUGGAAGGCUGUGCGUGUGGACCUGGUGGUCGCCCCCAUCAGCCAGUUCCCCUUUGCCCUGCUGGGCUGGACUGGCUCCAAGCAUUUCGAGCGGGAGCUUCGCCGAUUUAGCCGGAAGGAGCGGGGUCUGUGGCUGAACAGCCAUGGGCUGUUUGACCCGGAGCAGAAGACCUUUUUCCAAGCGGCUGCCGAGGAGGACGUCUUCAGACAUCUGGGCCUGGCGUACCUUCCCCCAGAGCAGAGAAACGCCUGAUCCCUUCUGCGGCCCCCAGCCACUCCUCGGGAUGGGGGGCUGCUCAGCCAGCCAGACCAUGGACGCCCUUGGACACUGACCAUCUGCAGGCCGGAGAGGUUGCUGCAACUCUCACCCUCCUGGGGGAGCCCCUUGUGCACCCCCACUCCCCCAUGCACACCCUGCCCAGGAAGCAAUGAAAUGAGAACACGGAGCAAACCAGGCUGUUUUCUGAAAGUGUUGCUGUGCAGGGGGGUGGAGGGGGGCUGGGGGUGAGGUGGGCCCUAUGACCGUGUGACCCUGGGGUCCUGAAGGGUGAGCUGGGCAUCUGGAGAGUGUUGCCAUGGUAACAGUACUGGCUUCCAACCCAUAAACACAGGUGCCUCUCCGUUUAUUUAGAUCUCCUUUAGUUUUAGUGAUGCUUUAAAGUUUUCAGAAUAAAUUUAUAUUAAAAUUUUAUAAACUUUAAUAAAUUA